AUGGGAGCGCGUAGAUUUGUCACGCUUUAUGCGUGUGCGCACGUAUGUUUAUUCGUUUGCAUACUUCAAACUGUCCAAUCUCAGCGGAAUCCACCAGAGACAAGGACACGAAAUAACCAAGCCGCAGGUACAUUACAGCAGACAAUACAAUGGGCGCACAACGGUAAAGUUUUUAGCCUUCUGAGUCACGGCUCGGAAUAUCGACCACCAAAGCAAAAAGGCGCGGAUAAAGAGCAAACCCGACCUGUCACCAUCAUUAGCGACGGGGAAGCCAACAAACCCUCUGAUUCCUCGAGACCGCUUCCCUCAUCUAUCCACACAGUGUCCCGCGCAGGAGCGCGCCCAGGCUGGCUACUACCUCGAGUUCCAAGGCCCCCUAGGGGACAGGGGCACCAGCAGCAGGAUGCCCAUCCAAGUGGCCAUGCAGAAACGAAGGCGAAUGACACGACGAAUGGGACGACGAAUGGGACACAGGACAAACCGUCCCCAUCGCCGAGAAGAGAAGACGUGAUGGCAGGGGAUGAUCCUUACAACCCAUACAAGACCUCAGAUUCAGAUAAUCCUUACUACAAUUACUAUGACGUGUAUGAGAGUCCCAGACGCAGAGAGAGACCUGGAUAUGGCACAAGGUACCAUCAGAACGGUAAGAAUGGUUGAAUGGGUUAGAAUUCGAGAUGCAUUUGAUGCAGAAUUAUUUUCCCAGUACAUGUAGCUUUAAAAAUAUAAGUUCUGUGUUAUUGUUUUGUUUUUCUUCAUAUAACAAUAAUUUGUGAUUAAGACAAAUACAUAUCCUCUAGGUCUGCCUGAUCUUGUGCCAGACGCAUACUACAUUCAAGCCUCUGCAUAUGUCCAGAGAGUUCCUAUGUACAACCUCCGAUGUGCAAAUGAAGAGAACUGCUUGUCAAGGUACUAUUGGAACAAACACUACGGGAUUUAAAUAGAAGCUUAUUGUCCAACAACUUAAUUGUGUGAGUCAGAUUGUCUGAGUUGUAACUCUUGAGUGUUUGUGGUUUAGGGUUGCCCUAGAGCAGCACACACAUGCAUUUUGUGGAUAAAUAGAAUCCUGCCACCAGUUGUAAGGGUCGACUGGUAUAAUUCAACAAACCGUUUAAACUCUCCUCCGUUUACAUGGAGAAAUCAUCACUAGUCAGACUGGUAAACUCAUUAUCAAAACUAACCCAAACAACCAUAUCCUUCUCGAAAGGAAUCACUCCUCGCUGUACCAAACCUUUCCCAGAAAUUUAAGACCAUACGCUUUAUUGAAAAGAAGGUAUUUGGCUUAUAAAUGCACUCGAUUCAAUUCUGUGUCCAAAGUGUAUUCAGUUUGUGAUGUUGUUUUGGUGGGGCAGUUCAGCAUACAGAGCGAGAGACUAUGACACCCGCAUGCUGCUGAGGUUCCCACAACGUGUGAAGAACCAGGGGACGGCUGACUUCCUGCCAAGCAGACCGCGCUACUCCUGGGAAUGGCACAGUUGUCACCAGUGAGUCUCUCCCAAUGUCUGUCUGUCUAUAUGCCUUUCCACCUCUCUCCAGAACUGUGUGUUUCUCUGUCUCCGUCUGCCAGUUACACAAACACUGUAUUUUUUGUGCUGUUCUUUCUUUUUCCUUCUAUCUCUUACAGAGUGGAUUAAUGUCCUUCUAUUGAUCAUUAACAUACUGGUCUCAUCAGACUGAUUUGUCUGGCAAAUAUAGCAAUGCAUCAAUUUAUGGCAAUCUAUUUGACUCCAAUUUCCACUUCAAAAUAUUUGACUCCAAAACAUUACUUGUACUGCACAUGAGGAAUGUGAUUCUGGAUGUGUAGCCAGAACCUUCAGAGAGAGACGUCUAUAACCUUGUCUUAAUGAAUACAUUCAAAAGAUGCCAGUUCUCUUCAUUCCAUAGAAGUCUGCAUUUCACAUUACCUCAGCCCAUAGCUAUGCUCUGAAGGAAGUCACAUAAUGUACUAACAUCAAGUAUGGGGUACGUUUGGCAGAGUUCCAAUGAACAUAUUGACUUACAUCCUGUAGGUUUUUGUACAACUGAUUUGUAAGUCUCAGUCUCAUUGACUGGAUCUAGACCUGAAACCAUAAAAAAAUGCAUUCCUCAGCAUUGGAACAAACAUUUUUCAUUUUUCUACAGCAAAUGUUUGAUUGAAUGCCAGCCAAAGUGAUGACAAAGUUAUUGAAUCAGUUAUUUUACACUGAUCAACCUCCAUUGUCCUGCUUCUCUCCAGGCAUUACCACAGCAUGGAUGAGUUCAGCCACUAUGACCUGCUGGAUUCCGGUGGGAGGAGUGUGGCUGAGGGACACAAGGCCAGCUUCUGCCUGGAGGACAGCUCCUGUGACUAUGGCUACUACAGACGCUUUGCUUGCACCUCACACACCCAGGUUACCAACACAGCCCUUGUUGCUUUAUGUCAUGUUGACCAAUCCGACCCCAGGAAGACUAGCUGUCACCAUUGGCGUCGGCUAAUGGGGAUCCUAAUAAAAAAAAAAAUCAUAAAUGUCCAACCAUGGAUGAUUUUCCUGCUUUAUCUCAUCUCUCAACUAAUAAUUGCAUGUCUAGAUUGUAUGACUAGUUGUUUAGUACCAGGGUAUGACGUCCAGCAAAACACAUACAUGCAGUUAAAAACUCUGCAGGGUUGGGGUCAAUUCCAGUCAAUUCAGAAAGUAAACCAAAUUCCAAUUCCACAUGUUCCUCAUUUAAAAGCAUUGAACAUAAUUGGAAUUGGAAUUUCAGUGUACUUCCUGAAAAUGACUGGAAUUGAAAUGGAAUUGACCCCAACCCUGAUACUCUGUAAUGGCAUGUGAGUGCUUCUUACUGUUGUCUAAUCAGAGGUUUCAUGUUGCUCCUUUGGUUAUAGGGCUUGAGUCCAGGAUGUUAUGAUACCUAUAACGCAGACAUUGACUGCCAGUGGAUUGAUAUUACAGAUGUGAAACCUGGGAACUAUGUCCUGAAGGUUUGUCACAAAAACAGAUGACAUUAUUGGCACUUUGUAGCUGAACACUGUGUCCCAUAUUCCCAUACCACCUCUGAGAAGAAUUUCAAUUGUUUUUAUGAAACGCUAUGAAACAUUUGUACUUUCACCCCUUUUGCUCUUUUUGUGCUUUAGAUCAGUGUGAACCCCAGCUAUCAGGUUCCAGAGUCUGACUACAGCAACAACAUUGUGCGCUGUGAGGUUCGCUACACUGGCAACUACGCUUAUGUGUCAGGAUGUCACGUCUCA